GUAGCUAAGAAAUGGGGCCAGACGUUACGCCGUUGGGAGAAAUCGUGUAAGCUCGGCGUGUGGAUUUUGUUAGUCUCUUGUCUGUGCAGUCUUCGCUUGCAUUUCUGUCUCCGUCGCGAACGCCAGCCGUGCAGCGAGGGUCGUCAGCGGUGGUGUGUGUGCGUGUUUGCUGUUCUGUGGUGUGUCCGCUGACUCCACAAGUCUCUCGAGUGGAUACUGCGGUCUCCAGACCUCAUCUCGGCAGCGAUGAAAGCCAGGCGUCCGGUGUUCGGAUGCUGUGCCGUUUGAAACGGCGACGAGCAUGGAAGACUCUCCGGCUCGCCUCAACGGGCGAAACCUGUCGGCGGCUGUCAGGUGACUCUACGAACAGCGACAGCAUGCCGGACAACCACGACUGCGACUUCGAGCCGGCCCUCGAGUUCGACGACACAGAGCUGGUGCAGACGUCGCUUGGCACCCAUGGGACUCUGCCAAUCAAAGCUGCCGAGCCCAACCGGAAUCUCACGGUGCACCUUGACCUGAGAGACACGACGUCGUCGGCCAGUGCACGGUCGGGGACAGCAGCCAAUGGCCGGUACAGCAGCAGCGGCAGCAAGGGUGGCUCCUCGCCCGAGUACCUGGACUCCUCGCCGUCUCUCUCCGAGAGCCUGCUGGACGACAACAACUACGAGGCCGUGCUGGGCCUCGACCUCGAACCGCCCCCCGAGCUGUUUCCGCCCGAAGAAGGGCGACGGCAGCUGGAGGACUUCGCCGACAUUGAGUGCCACGGCAUCGUCGACAUUGCUGGUGACGAUGCGUAUGGCCGCAAUGUGAUAGUCAUCUCAGCGUGCAGAUUGCCACCCCACAAAGAGCUGAACCACCCCAAGUUUCUCAGGUACCUGAUGCACACGCUGGAUCAGUUUGUGGAGAGUGACUACACGCUGGUCUAUUUCCACCACGGCCUCAACAGCAAGAACAAGCCGUCCCUCGGGUGGCUGUGGACCGCCUUUCGCGCGUUCGACCGCAAGUACAAGAAGAACCUCAAGGCCCUCUAUCUAGUCCACCCAACUGGCUUCGUCAAGAUACUCUACCAGCUUUUCCGGCCCUACAUUAGUGCCAAAUUUGGGAGGAAAAUCUCUUACGUGAACCACCUGCACGAGCUGAAGCAGCACGUUCACUAUGACCAGCUGCGGAUACCCGAACAGGUGCUCGAGCACGACCGCAAGCUCCUGUCCAGUGCAAAGGGGGCACGGAUCCCACACUCUCACAGCAGUGGCUUCUUCAACAAGGCUGCACCCACGUACCAGCCAACGCAGCAGUUUCGGGCCUCUCUUGAGCACAUCAAGAAGCACAAUAAUGGUGACCCUAUUCCAAAUGUGGUUCGGGACUGCGUCACCUACCUGGACAACGACAACGCACUUGAGACGGAGGGCAUCUUCAGACGUUCUGCCAACACCCAGGUUGUCAAAGCGGUGCAGGCGCUCUUUGACGAAGGCAAGUACGUCAACUUUGAUGCAUACAAGAAUGUUCACGUUGCGGCGGUGAUCCUCAAGACCUUCCUGAGGGAACUUGAGGAGCCUCUACUGACCUUCAACCUUUAUGACGAUGUCAUGAGCUUCCAAGAGUUGGACCAGUCUGAGAAGCUGGCGCAGGCCCGCUCCUUGCUGCUGGAGCGGCUGCCAGAGGACAACUACAAGCUGCUCAAGUACAUUGUCGAGUUUCUGGCCAAGGUGAUAGACCGGAGUGAUCUGAACAAAAUGACUGCAUCCAACCUCGCCAUCGUCUUUGGCCCAAACCUACUGUGGUCUCGCCAGGAGCAGGCCUCGCUGAGUUCCAUUACCCACAUCAACCAGUUCACUGAGUACAUACUAAGGAACCAGCACCUGCUGUUCAGCAAGUGAGCUCGUGGGCGUAAGCAAACCACGCUGGCCAGAAGUAAGCUGCCAAGCGGCAUGGCAUCUGCCACAAGCAUCGUCCACUCUGCUCUGUCCAUCCCAAAGAUCUUUGCUCUGCCGAAAUGGAGCUGUAGAACAGCGUCCACACUGCAUCAAUGGAAAAGCAGACAGCUAUGCGUUGUCUGCUUUAGAAACAUGGUUCGCAUGUCGUCUGCUGCGCUGUCCACAUGCUAGACAUUCCACUGCACUGGAACCAAGCUGUGCAGUCCCGCAACACUGAGUGCUUGUAAAUUUGUCAAUAGAUGAAUGCUUGUUAGUAGUUAAAUGCCUGAAAUGAAUCUGGAGUGUUCAGUAUAUAAUCUACAAUGUGUUUGGAGCUUUAUUGACCAAACCUCUAACUGUUCGCCUACCGUGUCGAUUGUGAGCAAGACAAGCUUUGAUUGCUGCUUGACAUUAGUGACAUUUUAUCUUGCCGAGUGCAUCAUCCGUACAGGUGCCAUGUUGUAGAACUUUUGUCCUGUGCAAAUCAAUCGCUGCACUCUUUGUGUGACCGGCUGUUCUAGCAGGCUGAAUUAAACGUGGCAGCUGGAAUGCGUGCUUGUAGCGAGGGACUUCAUAUAAAUGUGCUGUCUUGGCAUCGUCUGCUUGUACUCGAGCAGUUGAACCAGCGUGCAAGUGUGUGUGGCCAUACCCACAGUUUAUAAUUUACAGACCAGCAUGUUGGAGCCCCUCACUGAAUCUUGUGGUGCAAUCUUGCGGCCUUUACUUAAACAAUUUUAUCUCGCACAGCAAAGGCAAUGCACAAGCAUAACAGUGUGUCCUCUCUAUCCCUGUAGUGUUUCUCACAAAAGCCCUUGCUUUUGUGGUAUUGAUCAUCAUGCCGUUGAUAUCAAUCUUCCUGCCACCAGCUGGUUCCAAGUCUGCUGGCUUUCAUUCUUACCAGUCUUGUGAUGUGUUUCACUGCUGUGUCAGAUGUAUGCAGUGCUCAUGUCGUGAAUAGUUUGUUAGGUCUUUCGAACACUGGCACAUACUGGUGUCAGGCUUUACUGCUACUACUGAUAUUACAGCGAGAGUCUCGAUGAAAAUAUAAUGGUAUGGUACAAAAGGCACAUGUGCUAUUUUGGAAGAAUGAAACUCAAGCUGAGAAUAUCGAAACAUCAAAUUCAAAAGAUUCAGCUUUAAAUAUGGGACAUAUCAGUCUGCUUGAUCAGAACUUUUAUGCGAGGUACACAUUUUUUAAGAAGAGAAUGGUGCCCUCCGUUGGAAUUUGGCAAUGAAAUUUUGAAUUUCUUCUAUUGAUGUAUGAAUUGCCCUCUCUGUAUUUCAUUCAUCCACGAUAGUAGUGUAGGAGGGGUUCUGUUGCAAACAAGCACCAGUCAACAUUGCAUGCUUGCUGAAACUAAAGCAUGCAGAGAUAGUCAUAUGUGUCUGGUAGACCAGCAUAUUGACACCACCUAACGCAGUUUUCCCUCAAGUUCGUACAUUUUUUGGCAAGAAACAUUUUUAAUUUACUUUUUUUUAUUUUUUAUUUAUAACAUAUUGCGGACCACAAAUCGGUCCUUGCAGGAACCUUCAUUCUAUCCGAGUUCGUUAUGCCAAGAUUCAACUGUAAUUUGCUGCUGGGGCACAUGCUUUUUCAUAAUAAAGUGUUCUUACAAUGGUCACAAGGGUAAAACAUAAAGGCAUGAACUUUUCCGGGAAAAGACUUUCUAGUGCUUUUUUUUUGUGGAUAUUGAUGGGUUAAUCUUCAUGCCGGACAAAAGAAAAAAAAAAACGUCAGGACACUGCUGCUUGAAUUGUGUUAUAAGUACUGCAGCGCUGAUGAUGUUAUCAUUGCUGCACCUUUAACUCUGUCUUCUCACGCUUUGACCACAGGUGCAUGGUGUGCCAGAUGUUGCUUAAAUAAGAGCAGCAGGUGUGUUGGAUUCUUCCAGCUAAAGUGCCGACUCAUUGAUGCUCAGAUUUCAUACAGGCGUGUCCUUUCAUGGUGUAUGCAGGUUAACACUAUGUUUUUGUGCAUUGCUUGCCUCUUUCGUCCAAAAUAACACGUACCGUUGAACUAGACACCUUCGUUAUAGCUGAUAUUUGUUGUAGGCAUACUUUUGUCGCACACCCGCCACGGUGGCUUAGCGGCUAUGGUGUUGCGCUCUUAAGCACGAGGUUGCGGGUCCCGGCCGCAUUUCAGGGGGGGGGGCGAAAUGUAAAAGCACCGAUGUCCUGUGCAUUGGGGGCCCCCACACUAUAGGCGUGCCUCAUAAUCAGACCGCAAUAUUAGCACGUAAAAACCCACAAUUCAAUUCAGUAUUUUGUCACACAUUGAUUCAGUGAGGAAUGACUGAAUCGAAUUUUUAACGUAAUAGCGUUAAGGACCCCAUGUCGCAAAAAAUCCGGUGUCCUUGUCCGUGAGAGAUAAUUUCCACAUAUAUAUAUAUAUAUAUGUAUAUAUAUAUAGAUACAUGCCACACCUUGCUAUAUGCGGGUUAUAUUAUCACACCAUUCUAUCACUAAUGUUGCUCAUACCUUGUCUUACAUUCUUGACAAAGUUAUUCCCCUGAAUUUUGAGAAUGACAGCCCACAAACAAAUGUCCUGAAACAAAACACCGACAGUGCAUGCCGUUUAUGUUAAAUCUUCUCAGACUGAAAUAUUAAAAGUGCAAAACAAUAACAGAAGAUCGGCCCACGCAAGAAGCUGCAUUUUUACCAGAAAGCCCGCGCGCCUUCGUGCAUAGCGUUCGGUGCCAGCGUUUCCUGGUAAACAUUACGGUUACAUAAGCUGCAUUUGCCGGGAAGUGUGAGAAGCAGUCGGGGAUCUUUGAAUGUCAUUGCGUUCCACUGUUAAAAGCGAAGCUUAAGCGUCUUCCAAGUUUUUUUUGUUUUAAUAUCUGAUAAUUCAUUAUAUCCAUGUUCAUUAUCUUGAGGUAUGCAUUCUCUGUGGCAAUGCCAGACAAAAAACCUUUGCUGCAGUGUGGAACCAUCUGUUGCUGUCACAGUGAAAUAGAUUGCGUGCAGUAAUUCACUGUUACAGUGGUAGAUGGUGGCACUGUUCCAUUACAAGAUGUACAUUUCUUGUUUUGUAGAUAGCUGGCAGUCGUAAUCGACGUCUGCAAUGAGGGUUGAUGCAUUGUCGGCAUUGAAUUGCUGCUCCAGGAAUUGAAUUACUAUAGUAACGACUUUAAUAAGCUCAUUGUAAUUGUAGCUGUGAUGCGCACCAAUUUUUCUUACCUUGAUGUGAAAUUUGUCUCUGCGUUCUCGCAAUGGCAGUUCAUCGGUAUGCACUGAAGCCUGAGUUUGAGCGCAAGCAUAUUAAAAAGAAAAAAAACAUGUAUUGUCUAGCUGCACACCUUCAUUGCUGCAUUCGCUUUAUGAUACCAGUUAAUAUCACGUCCGAGGCACAUUUAACUGAUGGAACAGUAGGAAUGUCUGGUAGCAUUUCGUUUGCCAAUUAUUCCAGUGUCUUCUGUGUUAAGAAACAGCUUUCGUAUUGAUGCAAAUGCUGUUGACAAGGUCAGAGCACAAGGAUUUACUUCUAUAUGUUUUCAAGAAUUUCAAGUCCUUCGAGCCACCUAGUUACCAUGGACAACAAUGACCGUCCUUUUUCCGGUAGUUAGGAACAUUGUGUUUUUUCAACAAGCAUGGGAAAAAGUGUUGGUGGUCUUGUUUGUCUAUGACUGAAGACCUUGUACGCCUAGCCAGCCUGGUGUGGUAUGGUUUUUUUAUUAGGUUUUAGUAAACAUUAUAUUGAGGCUAGACUUUCUUCAUGUGAAUCUUACACUUGCAGGAAAAGUGAUGAACGCACAGUAUUGCAAAGCAAGAUGAAACGUUCCACAUAUCACUGACGUCCAUGAGUUGCUGACGACACUUGUUCUACUUAACCACGGAAGCCAUCAGUUGCACUGAUUAAAUCGGCACCUUUGUUGAAGCGCCUAAAAGUUUAAUAAUUGGGGCAAAGUCCAUGGUUCGCUGCAUAUUAAUGCUGGGUGUACAGGUGGCACCACAAGUAAAUGGAGCAUGGUGCUGCGGGAUGUUUGGUUACCUUCGGUAUCAGGCUUGGCAUGCGUUUCUGCAUUAGCAUUGCUUGCUUUCAGUAUAGUUGGUUCGCCCUUGAAAACAAUAAGCAUAGCAAGAAACCUGACGAGAUGUGUUGGGCUGCUAAGCAUGAGGUCGCGGGAUCGAAUCCCUGCCACGGUGGCUGCAUUUCGAUGGGGGCGAAAUGUCAAAGCACCCAUGUGCCUCAUAAUCAGAUCGUAGUUUUGGCACAUAAAACUCCAUAACUUAAGUUAAUUUUAAAGCCUGACGAGAUUUCAUGUGACUAAUGCCGGAUGCGUCAGGGUGUACAAGUAACAGUGUUAGUGGCACAAUGCCAGGCAUGCUAGGCAUGCCGUGUAGGUGCCGAACGCAUCUGGCACUAGUGAUACAAGGUCUCAUGACAGUGAUUGUGUCCCCGAAAGUGAUCAUCCGAGACUAUCAUCCCAAGACAGACGCAAGAAAGGCGGCACGAUGAAGAAUCAUCCCACCGACUUUCUUGUGUUUGUUCUGGUGAUGUUUAUUUUUACUCAAACAGGAUACAGCUGUGCAGAAAUCAUCUGUUGGGCCUCUGCUAGGUUAGACACAGCGUUUCUUACUAAAUGAUGUACAAGAAAGUGUGGUGCCACUGUCUAUGUGGGUUCAUAAAGGGAUGCUGUGGCCACUACAGAAAUGGAAUGUGAAAGGUUCAACUUGGCCUGGGUGUGUUGCUGGGAGGUAUCGCAAGUCACUACAUCUAGUUUACUUCAACCAUUUAUCUGCGUUAAUCUGCGCUCCUCUUUCUAAUAGCUGCAUUUUGCCAACUAGCCCAACAAGUUGACAAGUCACGGCUUUACGGCGAUACAAAUUGCAUUAUUAUUUGCUCACAUGCAAGAACUGAAUGAGACCUAAAAUUGACCCUGGCAGACACUGAGCAUUCUUUGUUUUUAUUGUAUGGCCCUCCAGUUAACACUAACCACACACGCUUGUGUCUGUAUCUUAAUAGCACUAUAAUAUCAAAAACCAAAAACAAAGAAAGAAAAUCAGGUUGCGCAUUGUUUGAGCAGAUGGAUUGUGACAGUGUGGUCAGCACACACGGCAUGCGCCAGCCCCCUGCGACACGUGUUUGUCAAGGCCCCCAGCUCCGUGACAUUUCUGUGCUGCCCAUGACAUCCCAGCGGCACUUUUCCUUUAUGUAAAUUCAAGAAACUAUGUGGCUGUUAUAUUAUUUUCUGCUCUGUUGAAUGCUGCCGAGAUAAGGUUAUUAGUUUCUGCCACCAUUAAUUCCUUCCGUGUAACGCUAUUGUACCAAAUUCUGACCGAAAAUGGCUAAAGUAUUUUUGAGGACCUGCAGUCGCCAACGUGUCUCCGCCGGAAUAAAACUCACUCCUGCUUGUGCCGCGCCACAGAUUGCCGUCUGCCAGAAAGCACCAAGACGAAAGCGGCUUGUCCAUGGCGUAGCUCGAAAAGUACUUCGGCUCGAUCUUUACCGUUUUUACCAGAAACACGUGGACGAAUGCCGCUCGUCCACAGCAUGGAAAGGGCGAAAAGGCAGCCAACAACGUCUGCUCCAAAGGCCGACCCGUGAAGCAUACGUUAAUUUCACUUCAGUUUACGAGUGCGCAGUGGCUCAAAGUUAUGUGUCAGCUGGCAGCGUUCAUUUGCUGCCUUUGCUCACCUUGUUCACCUGGCACAUUGUUGCAGCCUUUCGAUUGUUCUGUUAGCUGCACGGCGUCCAAUGUAGAUACCGAACGUUUCAUAAAUACGAGCACUUAGCACACCCGACUCUUCCUGCUAGAUUGCCAGAUUGCUCGGACUUCAAGUUCAUUCAAAAGGUGGCAUUUUGCGGUGCACGCGGUUUAAUACCACAUUACUUGCCUGCUCCGUGCAGAUUAGAUCAGAAGUAUGUGUUAGUCUGCAGCAUUUGCAGAACAAAAUAUUUCUUAUUUUGCUGCAACAGAAUGGUGACACUCUCUGACAUUUAGUCAAGCUUGUCUGGUCGUGUAGCAUGUUUUGCAAAAACAAAAUAUUAAGGUCACUGACCGAGUAAAAAUUAUUUAUUGACGUUUCGGAACCCCUACGGGUUCCUCGUUCACGAUUCCAAGUUUGUUUUUGUCUGUCAACAUUAGGCUGAAAUGUUUGGCAAUUACAUCGAGGUGGCAUCGCCGUUUUGUUGCUGUAAAAUGUACAUUUUUUGUCGCGACACAUUAAUGCGUACUUCCGCUUUACUUGGUAUAAAAGGAGCAAGUAAGGCGCAUAAAUUUGGUGCUCGGCUGUGCGCUCGGCAAAGUGUGUGAGCAUGAGAACACUAGCGGUUUAGCCAGAAAACACUUGGUGCUGUUAUUCGUGGAACUCUUGAUACUGUUUGGUAUUAACACGUCCCGUAGCAGUUGCCACUGCUUCGUAGCCAAAUGCAUAUUGAGUGAGCAAAUACCAAAGCCUGUUAUCUCCUUCCAUUUUCACCUACAAGUUUCAGGGAUGCAUCGCUGAGAUGCACGCAGUACAAUUCUUUCUGUAUGAGUUGACCUUGUUUUAAACGAGCAGUGGAUGUAAUCUCCAAGUGUGUGCACUGUCGUGCUUUGCUUAAAUGUACAUAACAUGCAAACAAGUGUCGUGCUUGCAAACUGAGAAAGAGCUGCUUCUCUCCCCUCUAGUCAUCAAAUUAUGUAUAAUAACCAAGUCCGGGUCUGUUUUCUCUCGCAUGCCAUUGCAUAUUUUGGGGGACGUGCAUUUUUAUUAUCCGACCCCCAUCCACUGUGGCACCAAAUUAGUUCAUUUAAUAUUCUUAUUCCGCAUAAUGUGCAAUAUUGAGUCAACUCACGCAGUUAAUGCAUAUAUGUAUUAUUAAUUUUUUACAUUAACUACGUAUUACAAAUGUGAUGUACACGUGCAGGUGAAUAUUUGUGAAAAUAUGUUGCAACGGAGAGCCAGGAUUUUCUCGACAGAAAUGGUGGCACAGAAUAUAGAUGUCAGGGGUAAAAAUUUUACAAGGAAAAAUUGAAAACUGCUUUUUGUUCUAGGCCUCAUUUUCUUUACCAAAUGAAACAGCUAUAACCCCUCUGUUGUAAUCCUUUCACCCUGAGGGUACAAUAAAUACAUGCACUGUUUUGGUAUAAAUUUAUACAAGGUUUGAGUCUACAUUUGAAUUUGUUUCAUUUUCAUUAUAUUAGUUGAAAUUCCAGUGGUAAUGAAGGUAUAAAAGAAAACACUUCAUUUGCCAUUGUUGUCACGCCAGCAAUUAAACUCCAGUUCAGCAAAAUUCAGUUAGAUAUGAGUCUAUCGUGUGUUUUAUUACACUUUUCUGUGCCAUUGUUUCUUUUGGAAGCAUGCUCACACAGCAUGCUUAAUUUUUUUGUUUUUUUCGUCAGGUGCAAAAUGUUUUGGGAUAUGCUUGUUGUCACGUACCUUCAAACUGUCAAUACCGAGCCAAGUAGUUGCGCAAGUUUGAGCGUACGCUUGCAUUCUAAUUCCAGGGGUAAAGUUCAGAAGUAAGGCGAUCUGUGAAGUGAAAUUAAAUCUGCAAUUGUACAUCUUUGUGUGCAUAUGCAAAAAGCCUUUUUAUGACCCAUAUUUUUAUGUAAGGGCACACAGUUAGAGUGCUGCUCCCUGACAUGAAGCCGGGUACAGCGUGCGUUGUGUGCUUUUUACAAUGUCACCUGUGACCCCUAGCUAAACCAAACUGAAACUGGCCCAGAAAAUUCGUCAAGUUUGAUAAAAUAGUUUUGUUACAGCCACUAAUCAGUCGUUGUGGUAGAAGUGAUAAAUUCUUGUUUGAAUAAUGUUCCACAUAUGAACACAAAAUAUUGCAUAAUGCUCUUUUGUAACUUUAUGGAAGAAAAAAAUCUGCUCCUUGUGACAUAAUCCGAAAGGUUAACGGUGUUGUUUAGUGUGCUCAUAUUAUUUUGCACACGCUAUACCAUGACUGUUCUAGAAACUCAGUAGAUUGUAAUGGAUGAGAUCUGUAGGAAAUAUAGUAUUGUUGCCGAUUAUCAGCCAGGCUUUUGAAGGUUAUCAAGAUGAAUAAUUGCAGCACUGUUUCGUUUCAUAGAACAUAUGUGUUGUGUAAAAAGUUCUGCACUUCAGAUAACAUUUUAUCUUUUGUAUGCAUCCUGAACAUUGUGUUUACUAUCCGUAGGUUGCAGUGAGUUUACAGUGCAGGUGUGUAACAUAAGAGUUGCUUUGAGAUUUAAGAUGAAAGAUUUGUGCUGUAGCGAUGUGAUUCUAGCAUAAGCGAAAAUUUUACAGAUAUUCGUACAUGUAUGCUUGCAGUGUAUCUGUUAGGGCAUCUAAAGCAGUCAGAAUGAACAUAUUAGUUCAUAUUCAUAUUUCACAUGAAUGCACCAGUUUUGUUUGCUGUAGGAUCUUUACUGGACCUAACUUCAAGAACUGCAAUACCUGUUACUGGAGCAAACGUCAUGUUUAAAUUUUUUUUUUUUACAGGUUUUCGAGAGCGCUCUUGUAAAAACUGUGACAACUUAAAUUUUAGAAAGUUGGAGAUCAUUUUAAAAGUCAGUGGAAUCUACCUUUUAUUUUCAAAUGCAGCAGAAUUGUUCAGUACAGCAGUUUUCUGAUAAGAACAUUUCCAUGUUUCAUUUCUGUAGCUGAGCUAAAUCUCUUUCUUCAGUCUCAGCACUUCAGAUGCACCCUUCAAAGACAGAACAAAAUUCCGCCUAAAAUAUUCAGUAAAGACAUUUGCAUGCUGUGCAUAUUUACUCAUGAGGUCACACCGCUGCCCAUACAGUAGCAGCUAAACAUGAGACUUGCGUAAGCUUUUCGCUUUUCUUUUCAAUUUUAUUUGCCAUACUUUCUAGCAAAAUACUUUUGUAUGACACAGGCUGUACUCGCAGCCUAACAUCAUCUAUGACAGUAUGCAAUGCUUGCAGUACUGUUAAACUCAAAAUUAAUAAACAAGCUGCGUAUGAUGCCUUUAACAAUUCAAUGAUAAGCAUCACUGCUGUAAGAAAAGAGAAGCCUGUGAAGUGGAUGUUGUAUUGGCCACACUAAACAAUAGCUCUAAAUGAUCUGCAACAGUAGUUAGUGAUGGAAUGUUGAAGACGAGCUCUAAAGCUUUCACACUGAAACCUUUUCGCAUGGCACUCAAGACAUCCGAGCCAAAGCCAAUGUGAAAAAAAGUCCAUCCACAAUAAUGUGCUGCCACACAUUGUUUGGCAGUUUUUCUAUAACAUGAGAACUUUAGCGUGAUACUGACAAACAUGUACAGAAAACACUUGGUCUUGCUGUCCUCUGUGUGUGUUAGUCUAUGCCAUGCUAGAGUUUCCAAGACAUCAGAACAAAAAAAUUAUGUGUUUUGCUGACACUGGUACACAUUGUUAUGAGCUACACAGAGUUUUAGUUGAUGUGAAAUUGGUUCUGCAACAAGGCAUCUUAUGCUUGUGAAGAGAAUAUUUAUAGUCAAAUUAUUGUCCAUCUACUGAAGGCACGAAAAGUAAAUGAACAAUUAUAAUCGUGGCUACGAAAGAGCAAUAUUGACUAACUGUGUGGUCUAAACUGUGAGCUGUGGACAACAAUAAAACUUGCACCAAAGCCAGUUAGAAAAAUGUUUUCUUCAGCCUUUGUAGUGUUGAGAGAAAAGAAACUGUGGUAUGGGCAAACCAAUUUUAAACUUAACCUGCAAUCCUCCAACAUGCAUGGUUUCAAGUUUAGUAUUGCCAGUGACAAAACCAAAGAUGAUUUUCUACUUAAAUUGCACCGUCAGGUUACGUCAUCCCAGUGUGGUCGGUACAAGACUUUAGCCAGUCAGUACUUUAUUAGAAUUGAAUGUAUAAGAAUAUUUUUCAUCUUUUGGGAUCGUACAAAUACUGGAGCUCCAUUGCUGUGCAUGAAAGAGAGUAUAUAGUCAAUCCUCAUUACAAUGGAGUCGCAUCCGACAUUGAAAUCAAUUCACUAUAUCCAAUAUUCAUUAUAAGCGCACAUUUGUAACACAGUGGUAUUGGCAAGAAAAGUUUUAUUUGGUUACAUUUGCAUUCCUGAUAUUGAGGUUUGGCUGUAUACGAAUACUCCAAUCAUGGCACAAAGCACUCGCUGCUGCUGCUGCUUCUGUGAGCACACAGAUUUUUCCCUUCACAUUUCUAUGUAAAUUACUAACAUGUUAAAUAUUUUGACGCGUGACACAGAGGUAUCUAUGAAUAUAUGUGUAUAUGUAUGUAUACCUAGGAAAAAGAAGUGUGUGUGCAUGACAGAGAAGACUCCUUUUUGUAUUGUGCCAAGCCAACAAUGCUGCUGUGAAUGCAGGGAAGAAGUGAUGCCAUGCCUGUAAAUAAACAUUUUUCUUU